AGUUUCCGCACCGCAGUUCCUUGCUGUCCACUUCAGGCUUCCGGACUGGAAGGACAGCCGGCGAUAAAACGCGCCUGGUGAGGCUCAGGAGUCACUGUCCACAGAGACCCAGCCCGACUUUCCCAUCGUACUGAGAUCCUGCUGGAAACUCUGCUGCAACAUGAGCUCCACAGCCCGGUUCUGCCCCUCACGCCCCGUGCUGCUGUUUCUGGGGUUGCUGCUCCUGCCAGUUGUGGUCGCCUUCGCCACAGCUGAAGCUGAAGAAGAUGGGGACCUGCAGUGCCUGUGUGUGAAGACCACCUCCCAGGUCCGUCCCAGGCACAUCACCAGCCUGGAGGUGAUCAAGGCCGGACCCCACUGCCCCACUGCCCAACUGAUAGCCACGCUGAAGAAUGGGAGGAAAAUUUGCUUGGACCUGCAAGCCCCACUGUACAAGAAAAUAGUUAAGAAACUUUUGGAGAGUUAGUUACUAGCUGUCUAAGUGUGUGCAUUUGCUAUGUAAUAUACUUUUUUUUUUUCCAGUUUCAAUCUAACUGUGAAAGAACCUCUGAUAUUUGUGUUAUCCUUAUGAUUUUAAAUAAACAAAUUAAAUCAA